AUGCUCCAAAAACGAGCAUUAUCCGCGACUAGGGUCAGCAGCAAACCACAUCUCUAUUUACAAGCCGAUGGAAAACAGCAGAAAACAGGAAACAGUUUUUGGGGUCGUCGCAGUCAUGUUUCUGCUUUUUCUGGCCUCCUCAGUUUGUUAUUUGUAAUUGUUACCUCUCUUUUCGUGCUCUUUCUUUGCGUCUGCCUCGAGCAUUUUGAUGGCUCUUUACGGCAGGGCUUGUUUGAGCUACUAGUACACUCAUCCCCGACAACCCUUUUUCAACGCUAUCUUCCUGAGAUAUCCCAUGGCCAUGUGAUGGCAUAUGCAAGCUGGAUAAUGUUUCAGGCACUGUUGUACUCCCUUCUCCCAGGGAAGACCGUCUAUGGGCCACCAACACCGGGAGGCAAUACGCUGCCCUACCGGAUGAACGGACUGUUGUCCUGGGGUAUCACAGUUGGUGCAGUCUUCCUGGCCGCUUGUAUAGGAGGUGCUGAGAUAGUGGCAAGCUUAGCUCAAAAUUGGGCAGCGGUGUUAGCGGCAGCGAACGUCUAUGGGCUGGCGGUGCCAGCUCUGGCUGUGGCGAAGGGUUAUAUAUGGCCGACCUUUGAGAGUGACCGGAGGUUUAGCGGGUCCAUCUUUCAUGAUUUUAUGGUUGGAGUUGAACUGAAUCCCCGACUGGGUCGGCACUGGGAUCUGAAGAUGUUCCAAGUUGGCCGUCUAGGAAUGAACUCAUGGGUGGUGAUCGACCUAUCUUUCAUGGCCCAACAAUACCUCCGUUACGGCACAAUCUCUAACUCGAUGCUGAUUGUGAUCAUUCUCCAUGCCAUAUACGUCGUUGACUUUUUUAUUAACGAGGACUGGCAAGUUCUCUUACUACACGCACUGAGCGCAUUGAAUAUUGCCCAUGACCACUUCGGUUUCACCCUAGCCUGGGGCACUGCCGUUUGGUUACCCAUGAUCUAUACUGUGCAAGCUCAGUACUUGGCAUUACAUCCAGUUGACCUCUCUUCAUUAACAUUCAGUGCAAUCCUUAUAAUAGGUGUCUUGAGCUAUGUGCUAUUUCGUCUCGCCAACCACCAGAAACAUCAUUUCCGACAAACGAAGAGCAACUGUCAGAUUGCCGGCAGCAAGCCUCGCAUUGUCAGGGCUCAGUAUACUACAGCGAAGGGGAAAGUCCAUGAGACAUUUUUGCUGUGCUCUGGUUGCUGGGGGAUCGUGCGCCAUCCCAACUAUGUUGGUGACAUUGUUUUCUCUUUCUGCACAUGCGUGUGCUGUGGAUGGUCGCAUGUUCUACCAUAUAUGUAUUUUAUUUACAUGACUGUACUGCUGGUCCAUAGGUGCCAUCGUGAUGAGAAGCGAUGCUCAGCUAAGUAUGGGUCACAGUGGGAGGAGUAUAAGCGGAUGGUGCGGUGGAGGAUGAUACCCGGCUUAUUCUGA